UGUCGUGUCCGUGUGCGCGCAUACACUGGCAUAGAAGUGUUAUGUUUACAUCGUGAUCGAGGCUGUAGACAGACGUUGGUUUUGCAAGCUUCUCAGAACUCAGAACGAGCCGAUCCCUUUUUUCCAACGGAUGUUGUGACCUGUUAUAUUAUAAAGCUGUCCAACCUCGACGAAAAGGACUGGAAGCGAGCCAGCAUGCCGGAGCCUGUGAAUCACCAGGUGAACGCCGCUCGUAAGACGUUCCAGACUUUAUACCAGAUCUCCAAACUGCUCAACACAAAUCUCGACCCGACUACUUUGAGCAUCUGUAUCAGACUGUGCGAGAAUGGGGUGAAUCCGCACGCUCUCGCAACCGUGGUGAAGGAACUUCAACGAGAAGUCAAGGCAAUGAACGACGCACAACUGGAAUCGACCGCCAGCAAGACUAGCGUGAGGUCAGCGAGUGAACGCGACCAAGUAUAACGCUGUUGCACUGUCCUCAGAAUUUAUCUUGCGUUGUUCAAUAAAUGUUCUCGAAUGUA